CUGAGUAAGGCACUCUGGGAAGAGGGAGAGGUGUACACCUGCAGGGUCACCCACGACGACACCAGUGGUUCAGUCACCUUCCGGAGAAGUCAAUGUACUGUCUAGGGGCAGGAGAAGCCAUUGUAGGGGUCUAGAGAGUCCCCACGUGGUGCUAGUUCUGGAAACAUUAGUGUUCUUAAAGCUGAAUGUUACAGUAUAAUAGUGAAUAAAAUUAUUAGUGCUGUAUGCUAAAUGAAGUAUUUUGAGAUUAUGUUAUACAUGUCUUCUUGACUCUGAGUUCAAAUACAGCUUGUUUUAAGUUAAAUAUAAGCACAAGAGUUACUUUAAUCAGGAUUCCAGUGAUCACUGUCUCAUGAAGGCAGCACAUUUCAUACUAAUUUAGAUCAAUCAGCUUCUUUUAUAAUUUCAGCAUUGUAGCAUAUAGCUACUCUCAUGUUUUCAAACAGAAUUAAAAGGGCAUCUGAUACAACAAAUACUCUGCAAUAAUUUCUAUAACUGAAUGAGCCUGUUAUACUGUAGCACCAAUAACAGUGAUAAUAAUUAGUGAUAUUUGAUCAUAAACCUCUAAGAUCUGCUCUCAGAACUCACACUGCUAAACUGUUACUUUCCAUAACAUAUAUAUUUAUAAUGUUUAAUUCUUUAUUUAUAUUUCUUUAAUUAUAAUAACAUAUAUACAUUGCGUUCGGAAAGUAUUCGGAUUUCAAAAACAUGUAUGGGGUAGAUCAGCUUUAAUAUUGCAGAUAGAUUUUAACUUCAAUCAAUGUAAUUGUCUGCAUUACUUCCAAUCCCCCAUAUGUUUUUUUUUUCUCGCAAAUAUCUAAUUUAUAUACAUAUAUAUAUACAUACACAUACAUAUACACAUACAUACAUAUAAAUACAUAUAAAUACAUACAGUGGGGGAAAAAAAAAAAAAAGUAUUUAGUCAGCCACCAAUUGUGCAAGUUCUCCCACUUAAAAAGAUGAGAGAGGCCUGUAAUUUUCAUCAUAGGUACACGUCAACUAUGACAGACAAAUUGAGAGAAAAAAAAUCCAGAAAAUCACAUUGUAGGAUUUUUAAUGAAUUGAUUUGCAAAUUAUGGUGGAAAAUAAGUAUUUGGUCACCUACAAACAAGCAAGAUUUCUGGCUCUCACAGACCUGCAACUUUUUCUUUAAGAGGCUCCUCUGUCCUCCACUCGUUACCUGUAUUAAUGGCACCUGUUUGAACUUGUUAUCAGUAUAAAAGACACCUGUCCACAACCUCAAACAGUCACACUCCAAACUCCACUAUGGCCAAGACCAAAGAGCUGUCAAAGGACACCAGAAACAACAUUGUAGACCUGCACCAGGCUGGGAAGACUGAAUCUGCAAUAGAUAAGCAGCUUGGUUUGAAGAAAUCAACUGUGGGAGCAAUUAUUAGGAAAUGGAAGACAUACAAGACCACUGAUAAUCUCCCUCGAUCUGGGGCUCCACGCAAGAUCUCACCCCGUGGGGUCAAAAUGAUCACAAGAACGGUGAGCAAAAAUCCCAGAACCACACGGGGGGACCUAGUGAAUGACCUGCAGAGAGCUGGGACCAAAGUAACAAAGCCUACCAUCAGUAACACACUACGCCACCAGGGACUCAAACCCUGCAGUGCGAGACGUGUCCCCCUGCUUAAGCCAGUACAUGUCCAGGCCCAUCUGAAGUUUGCUAGAGUGCAUUUGGAUGAUCCAGAAGAGGAUUGGGAGAAUGUCAUAUGGUCAGAUGAAACCAAAAUAUAACUUUUUGGUAAAAACUCAACUCGUCGUGUUUGGAGGACAAAGAAUGCUGAGUUGCAUCCAAAGAACACCAUACCUACUGUGAAGCAUGGGGGUGAAAACAUCAUGCUUUGGGGCUGUUUUUCUGCAAAGGGACCAGGACGACUGAUCCGUGUAAAGGAAAGAAUGAAUGGGGCCAUAUAUCGUGAGAUUUUGAGUGAAAACCUCCUUCCAUCAGCAAGGGCAUUGAAGAUGAAACGUGGCUGGGUCUUUCAGCAUGACAAUGAUCCCAAACACACCGCCCGGGCAACGAAGGAGUGGCUUCGUAAGAAGCAUUUCAAGGUCCUGGAGUGGCCUAGCCAGUCUCCAGAUCUCAACCCCAUAGAAAAUCUUUGGAGGGAGUUGAAAGUCUGUGUUGCCCAGCGACAGCCCCAAAACAUCACUGCUCUAGAGGAGAUCUGCAUGGAGGAAUGGGCCAAAAUACUAGCAACAGUGUGUGAAAACCUUGUAAAGACUUAUAGAAAACGUUUGACAUGUGUCAUUGCCAACAAAGGGUAUAUAACAAAGUAUUGAGAAACUUUUGUUAUUGACCAAAUACUUAUUUUCCACCAUAAUUUGCAAAUAAAUUCAUUAAAAAUCCUACAAUGUGAUUUUCUGGAUUUUUUUUCUCAUUUUGUCUGUCAUCGUUGACGUGUACCUAUGAUGAAAAUUACAGGCCUCUCUCAUCUUUUUAAGUGGGAGAACUUGCACAAUUGGUGGCUGACUAAAUACUUUCUUUCCCCACUGUAUUUAUAUACAUAUCCUUUUUAAAAAUACAUUUCCCUUUAUUACUUUCCAACCCCACCACCCCUUCCCUAAUUGGAGAAAACUAGUGAACAACAACGCUUAGGCCUCUACUUCCAACUUAUACAUACUAUAUACAUUUUAUGGACACAGUCAAUUUUACAAUAAUUCUAUUUUGUUUGUUUUUACUCCUGAACUUCCUCUACCCUCAACCUCUCCGAUCAUUUUCAUGAUGUCCAUCCGGUUCGCUUCUAUAUGACAUAUCUUUCUAACUGUGCUCUUUCACAAAAGCACUCAACCUAUAACCUAUAUACUUAUUAUGGACACAGUAUGCUUUACAUUAGUUAUCUUGUUGAUAUUAGUUGUUGUUAGUUGUUAUUAGUCCCAUCUUUCAGCUCCAUUCAACACCUCCCAUCUAUCUCUUAACACCAUCCAUAUUGGAUUUCUAUUUGCCAUAUAUUUUUCAACUGUACUGUGAUGUUUCACAAAAGUUCUGAACCCUUCUAUUCUCAUUGUUUGAAAAUAAACAUUUUUGCCAAAAGUAUUUUUAUAUUAUUGAUCGAUUGACUAUGACUUUUCAGAUCACCCAGUAGUGCUUUUUCCACAUUUUGUUACGUUACUGCUUAUUCUAAUAUUACCCCAUAACGACAAAGCGAAAACAGGUUUUUAGAAAUGUUUGCAAAUUUAUAAAAAAUAAAACACAGAAAUACCUUAUUUAAAUAAGUAUUCAGACCCGUUGCUCUGAGACUUGACAUUGAGCUCAGGUGCAUCCUGUUUCAAUUGACCAUCCUUGAGAUGUUUCUACAACUUCAUAGGAGUCCACCUGUGGUAAAUUCAAUUGUAGGACAUGAUUUGGAAAGGCACACACCUGUCUAUAUAAGGUCCUACAGUUGACAGUGCAUGUCAGAGCAAAAACCAUGAGGUCGAAGGAAUUGUCGAGGCACAGAUCUGGGGAAGGGUACUAAAACAUUUCUGCAGCAUUGAAGGUCCCCAAGAACACAGUGGCCUCCAUCAUUCUUAAAUGGAAGAAGUUUGGACCAGCAAGACUCUUCCUAGAGCAGGCUGCCCAGCCAAACUGAGCAAUUGGGGGAGAAGGGCCUUGGUCAGGGAGGUGACCAAGAACCUGAUGGUCACUCUGACAGAGCUCCAGAGCUUCUCUGUGGAGAUGGGAGAACCUUACAGGAUGACUACCAUCUCUGCAGCACUCCACCAAUCAGGGUGGUCAUCAGGGUGAUCAUACACAAGAAGACUCGAAGCUGUAAUCGCUGCUAAAGGUGCUUCAACAAAGUAAAGAGUCUGAAUACUUAUGUAAAUGUAUUACUUUGUUUUGUUUUAUAUACAUUUGCAAAAAUGUAUAAAAAUCAGUUUUUGCUUUGUCAUUAUGGGGUAUUGUGUGUAGAUUGGGACAAAAAAACAAUGUAAUAAAUUUUAGAAUAAGGUUUUAACGUAACAAAAUGUGGAAAAACUCAAGGGGUCUGAAUACUUUCCCAAUGCACUGUAUUUAUAAUGUUUAAUUCCUAAUAUGAUUUUAUUAUAUUGAUGUUUUAGCAAUGGUUUUCAACAUUGCGUAGUCUACCCUUCUCCAUUAUAUUUCCCCUGGUCUUCUGUACCUCCAACCCCCUGGGAACAGAGCGAAUAUCUGGUGACAGUGCUGCUCUAUUCUGGGACAAGCAGAACCACCCAGCCCUGUCUAUGGAAAUCUCAGUUUCACUCCCACAGAUACCAGUCUAGUAGUUGGACAGUUUCACUGCCUGAAAUACCCUGGACUUGGCCAGAUGUGAGGGAGGGGACUGGUUUUAACCUCUAUGGUGGAUUCAGGGAGGGUACAAUAACAGAUAUUCCACCAUGUAAUCUAUGACUGAUAAAAUUGAUAUUAUACAUAAUGUAGAUAUGUCUAAUGCCUGAACCCAGCAUCAUGUCUUAUCCACAGAUGUAACAGUCAGUAACCUGCUCAUCAAAAUAGUCAGUAUAAUGCCAGAUGAUCACAUCAAUAUUUGGUUGUGAGGUGCAUUAUGGGGAUUGUAUCUAGUUGUUCUGAUGCUGAUGUAACAUCACCUUCUUUUUCUUUACUUCUGUACAUUUUAUUUUGCAUAUUGGACUGGUAUUGUGGGUAUUUCAGAACUUCAAAUAACUUUUGUAGGUGCACUACAAUAAUGAUGAUGAUGGGGAACAUGUGAUUUGAAUGAUGCUUUCUAAACAUAUUCAAAGUUGACUUCACUAACCAGUCUUCCGUGUCACUGUCUCUUGUAUGACAGAACCUCAUGUUAUAUAAUCUCAGUGAAUAUGGUUAAUCUUUGCUUGAAACUUACUACCUGACUGGCGGACCUUGCAGAGACUGGAAUAUUAACUCUGAAAUAAUGUGAGACAUUAUUUCACAUAGAUGGAGUCCAUUCAACUUAUUAUCUGAAAUGUUUGCCAUAGCAAAAGGGAAAGAAAUGUAUGUAGUCUGGAACUAUGGUUGUUCAGGAAUGCUUUAACAUAAAGGUGGAUAAAUUGACAUUAUUGUCAGCAUCACUGAUAUAUUUAGCUCAGUGUAUUUUAGUUCAGUCAGUGUUCCAUGUCACUGUCUCCUCCCCUCAGCACCUACAGUAGGUCCCAGCUGUAGUAGUACAGUCACUGUGCAGUCUGACUGAGGGAGGUUUUUGUACGGCUCUGUACCACUGUGUGAACACCCAGACACUGUUGGGGGUGUGUAAACUCUGACAGUAGUAAUAUCCUGCAUCUUCAGCCUGGACUCCACUGAUGGUCAGAGUGAAGUCACUAUGAGUUCCACUACCACUGAAUCUAGAUGGAGUCCCAGACUGAAGUGUUGUAGCUUGGUAAAUAAGGAGUUUAGGAGCUCCUCCAGGUUUCUGUUGAUACCAGGCUAGGUAGUUAUUACCAACCACAUCGCUGCUGGUUUUACAGUCAAUAAUGACUGUCUGUUCUGGGAGAACAGCGUGCACUGCAGGAGUCUGAGUCACAGUGAUCUGUCCUCUGGAUUCUGAAAAAUAGAAUUAAAAAUAUUAUAUGAAUAAAAUAUUACAUAUAGUAAUCAAUAGUUCUGAAUAGAAAUAUUAACAUUGAUAUACAUUUCAAUGGUGUAGAUUUAAUAUAUUUUCAACAGUAAAUUCUGAAAAGUGUAACCUUGAAAGCAGAAAGCAAGUGUCCAGAUGAAGAUGGUGAUAAAAGUCAUGGUUGUUGUGGGUUCUGUUGUCAUGAAGGACAGCUCUCAGUCAUGAAGUGUUAAACUUACAGGCUAUAAACACUAUUAGAGCAGUGGGGCAGAUGCAUUAUGCAAAUGAGAGUUUCAAAUCUAUUUCAGUUUCCAAGUAGGCUCCCAUCGUUAGAAUAUAUUUUGUCCUGCAUGAGCUUGCUUUUCUAAUAAUAGUAAUUAGGUGGGUGCAUAUAUUUGUCGUAUUACACACAUGUGUAUUAUACGGGAAUUGGACAAGUUUUUUGGGGGGGAUAUCACAACUCCCCCUGAGACAUCCUCGGAGAGUGGGGUCACGGCCAGCAUCUGCCAUUAUAAACGCGACCCUGGAGCAAUUAGGGUUAAGUGUCUUGCUAAAGGGCACAUCGACAGAUGUUUCACAGUGUCGGCCUGUGGAUCUGAACUAGCAACCUUUUGGUUACUACGCCAACACUCUAACCGCUAGCUACCUGCCUUCCCUUUAAUAACACCAAACAGCACAUUUUUACUCAAAUAACUAAUGUAUGGCAACUUUUAUGUGAUACCACCAUUUAUUUUUAUUCUGAUGAUGAUCAGAUAUAAUGAACUCUCUGUUCACUCAUGCUUGGUCUCUUAUGUAAGUUCCUCUAAUCAGUUAGUGAACACUUCUCUAAACUAAAGCUGGUAGGAUUCCUCUGGUAGUGUUGUCUGUCCUCUGUGACUUUACCACCACUGUUAAAUCUGAGAUCAACAUCUUUAAUAAAGGAAUAUACAACAUGGAUCACUAUCAGUACUGCUGCUGCUGUUGUCUUUCAUAUGGACAAUAUGGAGGAAUACUAGCAACACUGGAUCUAAUGCUGGACUGUACCUUCAGACUAGGAGAACACCUGAUACACAGAAGAAGGAAGAAAUACUAAUAUCUGGAUUGAAGAUACAAUACAUAUUUGUAUUAUCUAGAAACAGCUUAUAUAAAGUGUUUGUUUUACCUGGAAGAUGUUAAAGUGUAUUUGUGUUGAUUAUGAUUCUGUAUGAGUGAUCUUCACUGUAACAGCUGCAGCAUCACAACACAGAGAGGUUUUUGUACCAGCAGUAAUAGAGAUUGUAUCACUGUGGUGGACUUUUGGUAGCGGCACCAAACUUGAUGUUGGAAGUAAGUAAACAACCAAAUUAAUUGUUUUAUUCAGCUUUUGAUGUUGUGUUUCAAUAUCUCUAUAAAUCUAGCCUCGAUAUUGAGAAUUUUUUAACAUACUUUUUUUUACAUGAUUUUGGGGGGAAUAAUACAAAGCCUACACAUAAUAUGGCCAAUUUUAAUUAGUAUGUCAUUACAUCUAAUUAAAUUUGACCUGCCUUUAAACGACGAGAGUGAUUAGCCUACAUUUGAUUAGGUGUAUGAAUAAACAUACUGUACCUUGUAGGAAAUGUUCAAUAAACAGGUUUUGCAAUUUUGGGGGUAAAAAAAACAAAAAAUACUUUAUUUCAAAUGAACAAGAUAAAAUCAUCUUUGGCAAGUAUUCAUACCAUAUUAGAGUCAAUUAUUUAAACCACAGUCCAAAGAAAUUCAGCUUGGCCAAUGUUCAGGAGGUUUUUGUACGAGCAGUAAUAGGGAUUGUAUCACUGUGGGUCACUUUUGGUAGCGGCACCAGACUAGAUGUUGGAAGUAAGUAACAAGCUCUCUUGAUAUUUCUUUCUGAUUACACUUAUUAAGUAUGUUAUUCUUACACUCUGUCUCUAUGAAAAUAUUAUGAUUUUAGAUUUUCAAAAUAUUUUAAUAGCUUAUUACUGAGCCUUCUUUCAAAUAACAUUUUAUUUAAUAAAAAUGUUAAAUUGCAGGUUUAUUUGUAUGUCUGAUUUGUAUGAUUGCAGACUAUAACUCUUAAUUCUGGUAUGAUGACUAUUUAAUAGUAUUGGAUAUAGUAUUCAUUAUUGUUGCAUUGAGUUCAUGGUAGCCUUCACUGUUAGUGUGAAGAGAAAGGGUCUCAGUUAUGUUUGUAACCAACUUCAUGAACUAACAUGGUUGAUAUGUGAUUAAAACCAAUCUAUGCUCAAAUUCUGCAAAUACUAUGAAUAUGGCAAGGCUAUUCUGACCAGAUCCAUUCCUAAAUAAUAUCUGUAUGACAUGUAUAACUGACGCUGUAUGACUUGUAACUCUACUUAUUUAAUACUUGUUCGGUUCAUUAAUCUGCUUUAUCAUAUUACAGUUUGUGUUUAUCCACAUCUUUUACCAAUCUAACUUUUACAUUCAUAUUUAGAAGGCAUUUCCAAUUCACUUUAUUUUGAUGUGUCCUUUGCUGAAGAUGAUCUCUUACUGUAACUGUACUUGUUGUAGUUACUUAGUUGAUGUGUUCUGUUUGUUCCAGGUAACAGAGUCCCCACCCUCACCGUCCUGCCCCCCUCUAGUGAGGAGCUGUCCAGUACAACAACAGCCACACUGAUGUGUCUGGCCAACAAGGGCUUCCCCUCAGACUGGACCAUGAGCUGGAAAGUGGACGGGACCAGCAAGAAGCAGGAGGCCAGUCCCGGGGUCCAGGAGAAGGACGGCCUGUACAGCUGGAGCAGCACACUGACUCUCACUGCCCAGGAGUGGACCAAGGCAGGAGAGGUGACCUGUGAAGCCCAGCAGAAAUCCCAGAUUCCAGUCACCAAGACCCUGAGGAGGGCUGACUGUUCUGGGUAG